AUGAUUUAACACAAAAUCUUUUAUAGUAGUCUUUAAAACUUUUUAAACUCUAGUCUAUAGUCUCACUCUGAUCUUCACAUUUAUUUAAGUUAUAAUUAAUAAAUGAAUCAUGAAGGAAUAUCAAAUUUCAGUUCUGCUUUAUCUAAAUGCAUUAAUCUCUAAGCUUUGCAAUUAGAAAUGAACUCAAAUGAAAUUAGUCUUGAGGGCAUGCAACUUUUAAGUUCUGCUUUAGCUAAAUGCACCAAUCUCUAGACUUUGAGUCUUGAAAUCAGUGAUAAAUUAAAUGACGGAUAAGUAUCAAUCUUAAGUUUAGCUUUAUUAUAACUCACUAGACUCUCGGUUUUAAAGCUCAACCUAAAUUAUAAUGCUUUUGGAUUAUUAGGUGUUUAAAGUUUAGCUUCUGUUUAUGAGAAAUAAGUUAAUCUAACAACUUUGAAACUUUUUUUAAAUUAUAACAAUAUUUCUGAAGAAGAAACUUCUAUUUUAGGUAAAGCUAUAUCAAACUGCAUUAAUUUGUCUACCCUUGUGCUAAGUAUAAGUAGUAAUAUAUUUGGUGAAAAAAGAACUUAAAAAUUAGGUUUAAAUCUUGCUAACUGCACUGAAAUACAAGAUUUAUAGCUAAUUCUUGUUGGAUACUAAAUUGGACAAGAGGGCAUACUUGAGUUAUGUUAAACAUUAACAAAUUGUAAAAAGAUAUCUUCUUUAUCACUUGACCUUAGCAGUAAUAUUAUUGGAAUAGAAGGUGCAAAAAUCUUAAGUUCAGCAUUGAGACAAGUUGUUAAUAUCUCUACUUUAGAAUUAGUUUUACGUCUUUGUGAUAUUGGCUAAGAUGGUUUAGAGUGCAUAACUUCUAGUUUAGAAAACAAUAAGAAUCUGUCUAACUUAUAACUAAAUUUUUCAUUUAAUUAAAUUGAAGACGAAAGUGCAUUAAGCUUAGGUUUAACUUUAUCAGAUUUAACUAAUUUAUCUAGCUUGAGUCUAGAACUUAGAUAUAAUAAAAUUGGAAACAGCGGUUUAUCAAGUUUGGCUCUUGCUUUAGAAAAUUGUUCCAAUCUUUCAACUUUGCUUCUCUUUUUUAAAUUAAAUUCUAUUUGUGAUGAAGGAGUUUAAGGUUUAGGUUUAGCUUUGACGAAUUGUAUUUCUCUCACAAUUUUGAGACUAGAGCUAAGUUGCAACAAAAUUAGCUAUGCUUCUGCAUCAUAAUUAGCUCUUCAAUUAAACAGUUGUGCUAGACUAUCAACAUUUAUAUUUGAGCUAGUCGAUAGGAAUAUUGAUAAAGAAUAAAAUUUGUAACUAAGAAAAGAAUAUUGCAAAAUCAAGAGAUUAGUGAAAAAAAUGAUCCUUAUAUGA